AUGGAGGAGACAAAACGCCUUCAAAAGGUUUACCAACUAUUUGCAGAGUCGCCCACUGAGAGAGUUCCCACCGACAGGUUGGGAGAUAUCUUGAGGUUUGCAGGAUACAUCAUAUCUGAAAGUUAUGCAGAAGAGCUCAUGGCCUCAGUUCCUGGAGAGAUGUUUGACUUCAGCCAGCUUGUAGAGAUCUGCGAGAAAAUCCGGGAAAGAGAGAUAACACGCGAGGAACUGCAAAAGUCCUUUCGAAGACUGGAUGCAGAAAAUACCUCGCACAUCGAUGCAGGAAGGCUUGUCCAGAUUCUUUCUUCUGGAGAAAAUAAGUUUAGUCAAGAAGAGAUUGAAGAGCUUUUGAACAUUUUGAAUCCCGAUGGAGACGGGAAGAUUUGCUAUGACUUGAUCAUCAAGAACAUAUUUGGAUACUAA